CCAUUAAACUACUGCUAAGAGAAGCUGCGCUUAUUUACAACAAAACUGCUCGGAAAUAACCACGUGUGACAUGAGGAAUUAAUUUACUUUAUUAAACAACACUGGAUAAAGUUCUGACCGGACUGGGAGCUGUGGGAAUACAGACCAGACCCCGAAAUGUUUGGAGGAAAUAAGUUGACCAAGGAGGCAGCUUGAUUUAUUAUUUGUGUAUACAAUUGAAACACCUUUCGCAAAAUAUUGAAGACUUUCUAUUUUUUUAAAUGUAAAACAUCAGUUUUUGCGUCUCAUUCAAAGAACCUUUUUUAUAAACAGGCAGUCGGACGCUUUGUUGUUAUUUUUUAAUAAAAUAAAAAUACUAAUAAAGCUUAACACAGCUUAUAAACGCAGGUUUAAAUACAAACGUGGUUGUCCGGGGGUGUUUGGUUUGUAGGACACUAAAAUCCCAAAAUAACAGCAGUAAUAAAGCAGCGGUGAUUGUGCUGUGUGUUGGUUGAAGAACAGCGCCUCCCUGUGGUCUCUUCAGUACCGACAUGCUUCUCUGCUGCCCACUUGUUCUACUACUACUGACCAUUAGAUUUAGCAUCAACAUUGCAGAGCAUGCGCAGAGGGAGGCAAAUCAAUCCAUAACAGAUGUGUGUCAGCAGGUGAGUCCUCCAUGUGUGACAGAGGCUGAUCGCUACAGUUUGGAGGCGCUGUGCCACAUUCACCAAGAGAUGGACGAUGAUCAGGAUGGAGGGAUUGAGGUGGAGGAGAGUGUGGAGUUUAUUAUAGAGGACAUGCAGCAGCAGCAGCAGACUAAUAAACACAGUAAACUGCACAGAGAAGAUCAGCACAUCACUGUAGAGGAGCUCUGGAGAGGCUGGAAAUCAUCAGAAGUUCAUAACUGGACUCAGGAUGACGUGUUACGCUGGUUGCGGGAGUUUGUGGAGUUGCCACAGUACGAGAAAAAUUUCAAAGAGCUGCGUGUUAAUGGAAACACACUGCCCAGGAUUGCGUCCAAUGAGCCGUCAUUCAUGAGCAUCUUCCUAAAGAUUCAGGACCAGCAGCACAAACACAAGCUGAAGCUCAAAGCACUGGACGUAGUGCUGUUUGGACCACCAACACGGCCACCCCAUAACUGGAUGAAGGACCUGCUGCUGAUUGUGUCAGUGGUGAUGGGGUUGGGUGGCUGCUGGUUCGCUCAGGCCCAAAACAAAGCAUCAAAGGAACACGUCUCAAAAAUGAUAAAAGACCUGGAGAGCCUUCAGAGGGCUGAGCAGAGUCUACGAGACCUGCAGGAACAGUUAGAGCAGGCCCAAGAGGAGAAGCGAACAGUAGAUGUGGAGAAGCAGUUUUUGGAGAAAAAAAUGAGGGAUGAGAUCCAGGGAGCUCAGGAGGAGGCCAACCGGCUCCACAAACUUCGUCAGGGCGCCGUCAGUGAACUGAGUCGCCUCCACUAUGCUGAGGAAGAACUCGAACAGAUUCGGGGGGCGCUGAAGCAGGCGGAGAAGGACAUGCAGGCAAGCUGGUCGGUACCAGAGUCUCUACAGCUGUGGCUGCAGCUCACACAUGAGGUGGAGAUGCAGUACUACAACAUCAAAAAACAAAAUGCUGAACAACAACUGGCAAUCGCAAAGGACGAGGCAGAGAAGAUAAAAAAGAAGAGGAGUUCAGUUCUGGGUACGCUCCAUGUGGCACACAGUUCCUCUCUGGAUGAUGUGGAUCACAAGAUCCUACAGGCCAAAAAUGCCCUGGCAGAGGUGACGGCUUGCUUACAAGAACGCUUGCACAGGUGGCAGCAUACCGAAUUGUUGUGCGGUUUUCCCAUCAUGAACAACGCUGGACUGCCCAACCUUACAGCCACUUUGUAUCCAGACCCCAACUGGAUGCUACUUCCCAGAUCCACUAUGUCCUCCUACCAAAUGUCUGCAGGCAUAGAUGACAUGGAGGAUGGUCCUCUGCCUAUGAUACCACAAAUUCCUGUUACUGUUACUCCGAUAAAGCUUUCUCCUCGAGCGCUGGUCCGUUCCCGACGAUCUGGCCAUAUCGUCCAGCCAUCUAUGAUUCUAUCACCUGAUCCAGACUUACUGAUGCCGAUUCGACCACCAAUCUCUCGAUACGGAGAUGAGGAGGGAGAAGGCUUAGUUUUCUCCAGUUUUGUUAAAGGGGAGUGUCUGGAGACAGACUCAGAUUCUGAGCCUGUUGGAAUGAAGUACCCUGGCCCUGGUUUUGAAACUUCACCUCGUAAAAUGUAUCGUGAAAACUUAGACCUCUUAAAAAGUUCUUUUAAAGUUUCUCAGGAAGAUCUUAACAUCAAGUCCCGUGCCAGAAAGAUCUCCAGGGAGGAGGUCGGAGUAACUGGGGAUGCUCUGGCAAGUGCUGCAGUUCCAAAGAAAUCUGAAGGUUUUGGUGAUUCCAAGAAGAUGCUUAGAGGUUUAUCAACAGAAUCUGGUUAUUCCUCUUUGAGACUGUCCAGCAGAGAAAAGCUGGAUGUUACAGUGGACCCAUACCUUGGAAUGAGAUUCAGGGAUGAUGCUGAGAUGAGUGUGGGAAGUCAGAGACGAAAGAUGUUUAGGGACAGAAGAGAUCUGUCAGGAGAGAGCCUAUCAAGAAUGAUGCCAAUUGAUGAAUGUGAGGUGAAUGAUCAAAGUGGAAAUACAGAGCAAGAAACAGUCCCAGCCCCAGAAGCUAAUGUGGAGACCGAUGCUGGUCUAAGUAUGGUGCAAAAAAAGGACACUGACCUUGCCAUGGAAACCCACAAAGGAAGUCCAUUAAAGGACAUGAUCAUGGAUUCUGCGUCUGCAAGGCUCUUGAGAGAUGACAUUAAUAUCUCAAUGGAUGUACAAACAGCAAAGAUAUUCAGAGACAAACAAGAGUCCCUUAAAGAACGUCCUUCUGGAAUGAUGCUUCGAGAUGGACUUGGUAUGUCCAUAGAAAGAGGAAAGAUGUUCAGAGGUGUUUCCAUUGAAAACACUUCUAGAAUGAAGACUCGUGAUGACCUGGAUAUAUCCAUGGAAAUGUGCUUAAAAGAUAAAAAGGAUGAAGCCAUAUCCAGAAAGAUCUCCAAAGAUGAGCGCGACAUUGUCACAGAGAGACGAAGACUCUUUCGGGACUAUCGACAGGACAGUUCCUUGGACAACUCUGCUGAUAAAAAAGAAGUCUUGGACAUGUCUGUUGAGACUGUCCGGCAAAAGAUAUCCAAAGAUGAGUUUGCGGUUCCAGACCAGGCCCGCUUUAGCCAGCCAGAUCUUACCAUAAGCUCCCUGGUGUUGUGGACUCCCAACCCAGAUCCCCUUAGCCAUCUUGUGUAUGAUGGCAUUUUAGAAAAGUCUUACCAGAGCCCACUAAACAUGACUGGUCCUGCAGAUAUCAGUCAUCCUGCAACCCUGCCCUCAAUGACCACUUCCACCCAAAGUCUCAUGAGUGGUAAGGCUGGCAGCAGUUCUUCUCUGUCUAGUAAUCUCUCACUACCAGAAUCUGUUAGUAAAGAAAAAAGCAAAAAGACGUCUAAGCUGAAGAAUUUGUUCAAGAAGAGAAAGGAUAAGGAUAAAGACAAAGACUCAUCAAAAGAUCAUCCACAAGGGGGCUUACAGAAGCUGUGACUCCAAGUAAUUAAAAAAGAACUUCAGACGUUUACUUAAAUUACAACAAUGUGGUUUUUGCAAUGGAUGUCAGUCCCUAAUUACUAACUAAUCUGGUAGGUAAUAGGUAACAUGCAUCCCCCAUGAUUUGAAGCCAGCCAUAUUGCCUAAACUUCACAUACUUUAAUGUAGAUAUUGGGUUGAUUUUUGAGGGUAAAAUAAUGAAUGAAGUGGUGGUAAGAAAAUAAGCUACUGAGAGGCUUAAUGUACUUAGUAUUUAUUCCCUUUAAUAAGUGUUCUUACAUCUUGGAAAGGCAGCUUGUCGAUUCACUAUUGUCUUAUUCAGUUUGGCAUCAUUGCACUUUUCUUUGCAGCAGAUCUUAUUUAAACUACAACUGUAGUAUCUUAAUAUUUUAGCUGUUUAAGCCAGGAGUCCAUCAUGUUUAUUCAUAAAGAUGAGUGAGUGUCUACCCCAGAUAUUUUAUAUCAGUGAUAUGAUGUCACAUUUUGAAGUUUUAUAUAUAGUCAUAUCUUAGGCUAUGACAUCAACAUAAUUUAAUGUAAUGCUAAAUAAAUGCACCUGGCAUCAGUUUGUUGAACAAUAUAACAUGUUGUUAACAAUAAACCAUACUUUUCGCAGUGUUUUUAGAUUAAAAAAACAGAACUACAGCUACGUUUAUGUUUAGUUUGUGCGUAUGAUUUAAUUUAAAAUUGUAAUA